AAAAGAGGAGAAAACAUAUAUUGAAUAAAAAAAGGAAAAAACCCAAAAAAAAAAAAAAAAAAAAAAGGAAAUCAGAUUCGAUCACAUCGCAAAAAACCCCUCCCCACUCUCGAUCUUCACACCCACAUUCAAUAAAUUCAAAAAAAAUUUAACCUUUUUUCUGGUUUACCCUUUUCUUUUUUUCCCCCAUUCCCUUUUUAGGGUUUCGAUUUUUUUUAAUUUAUCUCACGGUUUAACAGAAUUUUUUUUUUCCCACAAAUUUCGAAGCUACCCAUUUGUCUCCAUUGUUUGUGAUUGAACGGAGUAGAGAAAAUGGUUACAAAAGAAGCUGAUCGCUAGGAAGGUGUUUAUUUUCAAGAUUUUUGUUGUCUCUUUUGGGUUACGUAAUUGAUUCUAUUGAAAAGGCGGCUGCCAAAUGUUUGCUUCGGAUAUGAAUCCGGCCCGGGAUGCUGGCAGAGUAACAACCGCGGGCAUGGUGCUGUUUCCAAUUCAAUUUACGUGGCCGCAUGGUGGGAGAAGUGUGUUCCUCUCUGGCUCUUUCAAUAGGUGGACCGAGCUCGUGCCAAUGUCACAGGUUGAAGGUUGCCCCAAUGUGUUUCAAGCCGUCUGUGCCGUGCCACAUGGUUGCCAUGAGUACAAGUUUCUUGUUGAUGGUGAAUGGCGACAUGAUGAACGACAACCUCACAGGAAUGGCGAAUAUGGAAUAGUUAACACUUUUGACACUCUACCUGUACCUGCAGAGGUCCCUCAGGUACAACCUCGUUCAGAAAUACUGAGUAACAUGGAUGUGGAUAAUGGUCUCACGAAUCGAAUUUCAGCUGUUACAUUGAAUCAAGCAAUGCCUAGGAUUUUAGAACAGGAUUUACAGGCCUCCUGUCAUCGUAUCUCUGUAUUCUUGGCAGCACAUACUGCUUAUGAGUUACUACCUGAGUCAGGCAAGGUUGUUGCCUUGGAUGUUGAUUUACCUGUAAAACAAGCAUUUCAUAUUCUGUCCGAGCAGGGUAUCCCUACGGCUCCUCUUUGGGACUUCAGCAAGGGGAAAUUUGUUGGAGUUCUUAGUGCUUUGGAUUUCAUAUUGAUUCUGAGAGAGCUUGGAAAUCAUGGAUCAAAUUUGACAGAGGAAGAGCUUGAAACACACACUAUUUCUGCUUGGAAAGAGGGAAAGGCAUACAUGAAUGGGCAAGUUGAUGGGCAUGGGAGACCAAUUUCAAGACAUCUCAUCCAUGCUGGACCAUAUGAUAAUUUGAAGGAUGUAGCUUUGAAACUUUUGCAAAAUGGAGUAGCUACGGUUCCUAUUAUUCAUUCAUCCUCAGAAGAUGGUUUAUUUCCCCAAUUAUUACAUCUUGCUUCUCUCUCUGGAAUACUAAAAUUCAUAUGCAGGUAUUUUAAACAUUGUUCUGGCUCUUCGCCCAUACUACAAUUACCAAUUUAUGCAAUCCCUCUGGGUACAUGGGUUCCAAGAAUUGGAGAAUCUAGCAGUCGGCCAUUUGCAAUGCUGAGACCUACUGCUUCUCUUAGUUCAGCACUAAAUAUGCUAGUUCAAGCUCAAGUAAGUUCAAUUCCUAUAGUUGAUGAUAAUGACUCGUUGUUGGACAUAUAUUGUCGGAGUGAUAUAACAGCUUUGGCAAAAGGCAGAGCUUAUACACAUAAUCUCAAUGAAAUGACUGUAUAUCAGGCAUUGCAGUUGGGGCAAGAUUCUAACACUCCUUUUGAGACAAGAAGUCAAAGAUGUCAAAUGUGUUUGCGCACUGAUACAUUGCUUAAAGUGAUGGAACAAUUGGCAAAUCCUGGAGUUAGACGGCUUGUUAUAGUGGAGGCUGGCAGUAACCGUGUAGAAGGCAUUGUCUCACUUACUGACAUUUUCAGGUUCUUGCUUGGUUAGUUUGAAGUAAUUGCAGAUGACCUAUCUAGGAGGGGGGGUUUUGCAGUGGCUUUUGGACUCCCAUGUCUUGUGGGCACCAUUCCUUGCCCCGGUGUUCUAAAUAGACUGCAGUACUUCACACCGGUGAUCGGAUCUCAUUCAACCAUUGGAUUUGGCCUCUUGCUUUUGUUGCCUGCUUUUUAGAAUUUUAGGCCAAAGAAAGAGGCAUGUAAUUUAAGAGGACUCUAUUCUCUUUCAAAUUUGUUCGGUCUCCCCCUUGCACAUGUUGUUAUCAGAGUAUUAAACCCAUUGUGUCACCAAAUGUAGAUGCCAUUAUCUGUGGGGAGCAUGUGACCUGUAAUAGUUUUAAUUGUUGCUUCAAAGUUAUAAGUAAAGAGAUGGGGAGGAGAAACACUGAAUGAUUAUUGAUUAUUCUGUACAAUGCCUGCUUCAUUUUCGGUCUCA